CGAUUUUCCAUUUAACACCUUGCAAGGCAAAUUUCUCUAUGGCGAAGUAACCAAACAAUCGCUUUCUACCUACUCUCGGUUAUCGGUCUAUCCAAUUGCUAAACAAGGAGGGAUACCUAGCAAUGAGGAUAUUUACUUGUUUAUGAAAUGAGCUUCAAAAGUCUCGCUGAGACUCAUUCACAGAUGACAAUCAUAUCAUUGCUUUUCUGGCAGAGAGCCAUGCUUAUUAAGCCACUGUACUCUGUAGACUCUACCAAGCCACCGGCCUUUCCCUUCACCAACAAUGUCGACCUAUCUUGGAACUGUUGAUAACUUGUGUUGGUAAAAUGGCAGCGAAGCGUGGUCCCAGUCCGCAAUUUGUCGGUAAUCCAUUCAUUAAGAAGAGAAAUUUAGAAUGGAGUUUAGAUCUUGCCCGUCCGUCGCAUGAUAGUGAAGAAGGCAGCAAUUCUGAAGAAGCCCUUGUUGUUGAAUCCCGAUUCAAGCAUGAUGGGCCAAAUGCUCAGGCAAUUGAGGCAGGGAAAGCAAAUAUUGAGGAUCAUAUAAAUUAUUUCAACGAGAUUUUAACGAAGGCUACACUCUCGCCUUUCCCUAAUGAUAUUCCGAGGUUGUCAAUCGAUAAUUACAGGAAUCUGUAUGAGUCAAACUUUGGUAAUGCUAGAGGCGCACAUUUCGUCGUACAUCAGCAUGAUCAUCCCAUUGCAGGAACACAUUAUGAUCUGCGAUUGCAGAUUAACGAAACGAGCAGUGCUUCAUGGGCCAUCAUGUACGGCCUUCCAGGCGAUCCGAAAAGCCGGCGUCCGAACAGGAACGCCACCGAGACGAGGAUUCACUGCUUAUGGAAUCAUCUCAUAGAAACAGCAUCAAAUUCGACUGGUUCACUUCUUAUCUGGGAUACGGGGACAUACACCGUUCUUCCACCACGAAAAAGCAAGGAAUGGGCCAGCUCAAACUCCCCCUUGGAGGGGAAUGGCCAGCAACCCGAACUCACGGAACAAGAUAAACUCCACCAGGCAUUCCAAGCGCGGAAAAUCAGCCUUCGACUCAACGGCACGCGGCUUCCACAUAACUACACGCUGAACCUGCGUCUCACCAAGGAAAAUGACGCUACUGGCCGUGCUAAGAGUACACGCGCCCCUAUAAGGCGACGGAGGCGAGGUGGCUCAUCAUUACCACGGGGCGGGGCUACUAGAAAGGGGAAAGCCAAGAUUGUAGAGCCUGACACCAGCUCGGACCCAGACCUAUAUUCAGACCACGAACCUGAAAAGUCUGAAAUCGUAAAUGCGCCAGCAGAACAGGCAGAGCUUGGCGGAAGUGAAGUCUCACCAAUGGAACGUGAGAUCCGCGAGCUCGAAGACGAGGAGGUGCGGCGCACGAACGCAUAUCCCGGCGCGACGAACUCGGUGGGGAGUGUGCAUCAGAGGCGGUGGUACCUUUCACUCGAUAAAGAGGCAUCUGGGUUUGUGAGAAGACGGGAAAAUAAUCACUUAACCUGGGAGUUGGAGGGAGAUAACGGUAAUAGGGAAAAUGGGAUCGGGGAGGGAGAUAGUGGUAGGAUUGAAUUCCCGUUCUAUGUCCGCGGGGUUGAUGUUGAAAGGAGCAUCGUUACUGGACGAACGGGCGCGGAUGUACUGAGAGAUGAGGGCGUUGAGGGGUAUGUGGGACGGAAGGGCUGGCGGCCUGUGUUUUAAUUGACCUGAAUUAGGCUUCAAGAUGCGAGACAAAACGACAUCUACGGUCAUAUGUUGAGUUCUCUAACCUAGAGAUCACAGAGUCUUUGUCCCUCUAGCACACAUCAUCCGGUAGGUAUGCGAUUUUGUCGAAGCAUGUAUUGCUUGCUCUAGGUUUAAGUUUUAUCUGGUGACUUUCUUUACAACUGAUUGC